AUGGAGUCGCUGGCAAUUGUCAAGACAGAGAUGAAGCUACGGGUUGUCAUCUCGUUCGUCAAGGUGCAUCACUCGUCGCCCAUCUGGCACACUGUCUUGUACAUUACCAUAGACCAUCCAUACAAGAACAGCGACACCAGCACCCUACCCUGGUCUUACACGCUCUCUCAGCUUCCCGCGUUCCUCCGAGACGGCGCCGACUCUCCGCUAUCCAAGUUCUACACCGUCCCAAAUACCCCAGACCUACCAUAUCCCUCGCUGCCGGUAUCGUUCCCGAACCUCGCGACAUACCUGGCGAGCGCGCUCGAGGUCGCGCGGGACGCGAUGGGCGACUCCUCGAGUGGCGUUCGACGACUUGCCAAGGCGGUCGACCAGUUCUACCCGAACGACCGCGUCGUCCUCGAUGACGGGCCAGAGUCGCGUGGGAUGCGCCAGCGGCUGAAGAACCUGGUCGGCAUGGGCGGCAAGCCGCAGCGGGACCGGAACGCGGAGAUGUAUGAGCUCGUGACGCCGUUCGUCGCGGACGAGCACGGACACUAG